UGAGUGCCCUGACAGCUCAGCUGGUGUCAUUUGAGCCAUAAUGGAGCUUCAUACUGUGAAACAAGCUUGGACGGUCUCUGGCUGCCACAAACCGGUCUGGCAGGUGGGAAAGUGGUGCACUGGUCACGCCCGUCUCUUGUGAAGGGAAGAAUGAAGGAUUGAGAGAAUGAUGGAGGCUUGAGGAGGGAGGAGUUGGACAGAGAGGGGAGAGGCGGACUUACCUGUUGCUUGGAUGAAGGUCAGUGACAAACACAGAGUAGAAUAGAAAGCAGGGGAACAGAAAAGAGAGAAAAGAUUCAAGGUGUUUAUUGUGUAUGUUCUAACUGCUGUAUGUUCUAACCGCUGCUCCGUGACUGAGUAAACUCCUGGAUGUUAAGGAGCUCCACCCUCCUGCCACCUGCACUCACCUCCAUUCUUCACUCUAUGCUGACUGAGUCCGAUGGCAAAGCAUGACCCGAACGAGCCCCCUCCCCCGUACUACUCUGUUGCCGUGCACACGCAGCCCCCCCUCAAGCCUUAUGAGGAGGUGGUGUAUGGCGUGGGCCCGGGCGUGACACCCCCCGCCCACCCGCAUUACAUCCCCCAGUACCCACCACCUGUGGUUGCUCCCCAAGUCACACGGUCAAGCAUACCCCCCAGCAGUAAGAGGAAUAGAUGCUGCAAGAGUAAUUCCCAGUGUUAUGGAGGGUCAGGGGGAGCCUUACUACUGCUCAUUCUGCUGGCACUGGCCAUCUGGCUUGGAGUUCGUUAUGGCACUCGGCUGGCAACAGUAGCGAUCCUCUACGAUGACGACGAUGAUCACGUAGAUGAAAUUCAUUCUGUGACAAGGUACGACACCUGCCCCAACAAUACUGUCCAAUGUGAUGCAAUACGUGACUGCCAGCUGGGCACUGAUGAAACAAACUGUGUGAGGUUUGGCACAGACCGCAGCCUGCAGGUCAAGACAUCUCAAGAUGGCCGCUUCCUACCCGUGUGCUACAAAGGCUGGGAUGAGAGCUAUGCUGACCAGAUCUGUCGUCAGCUAGGAUUCAGAGGGUCCUAUGUCACCAAAGCUAUUCAGUCCCAGGAGUCCAUUGCUUUAACAGUGACCAGCAGAUCGAUUAAGCCCAUCCAGGGUCUGGUAGAAGUCAGCUCUUCCUGUCCAGACCAGGAGAAAGUGUCCCUGCAGUGCAUUGACUGUGGUCGGCAGCAGUCUACAUCCCGGAUCAUUGGGGGCAGCGUGGCAAAGGAGGGUCAGUGGCCUUGGCAAUUGUCGCUCCAUUACAAAGGAUCCCACGUCUGCGGAGGAGUUCUGAUCUCUCCUGAUUUUGUGCUGACUGCUGCCCACUGCUUCCCAAGAAGCAACCCCUCAUCUUUAUCAGCCAGAAACUGGAAAGUGUAUAGUGGAGUGGUGUCUCUGAACAGACUACCUCAGCCUUACUUGGUUGAGAAGAUCAUACUGAACGAGAACUACAACACCCAAACUAAUGACCAGGACAUCGCUAUGCUCAAACUUACAUCUCCAGUUGUUUUCAAUGAUGUGGUUCAGCCAGCUUGUUUGCCAACCUUUAACCAGCGAUUUCCCGAAGGAACCAAGUGCUGGACCUCCGGUUUUGGCACCACUGUGGCGGGAACAGGCACUGUCUCCAGUGAUCUGAUGGAGGUGACCGUGGACAUCAUUGGUAAAGAAGUGUGCAACAGCCCGAGUGUGUAUCAAGGCGCCGUCACCAACAACAUGAUCUGUGCUGGGGACCUGAAUGGUGGCAAAGACUCCUGCCAGGGAGACAGCGGUGGACCUCUGGUGUGUCAGGGGGAGAACCGUUGGUACCUGGUGGGGAUCACUAGCUGGGGAUCUGGCUGCGGUGAAAGAAACAAGCCUGGAGUUUAUUCCAAAGUCAGUAGUCUCUUGCCCUGGAUCUACAGCAGCAUGCAGGAGAGGCCAUGAUGUCCUUUUGUCUCCUGCUGCUUUCCCCACGUCCCCAAUGAACCCUGUACUAUGAAGUCACCUCAGAGUGAUUUACAUUUACACUUGACGAGGAGACACUAUAGAAGGAAAGACCGACUGAAUGACAGCAUGAUGAAAUUCUCAAGUUGAGACUUCUGUCUCAGUGUUGCACAUCAUCUCAGUUCAUCCUCUCUCAUAUGGUAUUUAUGUGUAUUACCCGAACCUGAUUGCUUAUACAUGCUAAUCGACGCGCUGACUCCGGUCUUGCAUUCUUGAUUUUAUUCUCCUGUCUCUUGAUGUGUCAGUCAUACAAAUAUACCAAUGUUUACCUAAGAGUUUGAGCAAACUUUAAAGAUGGCUGGCCCUUCUCCUGUGUGUUCUGUGCCAAUGAAACACAGUCCACUCUCCUGUGAUCUCCUUUUUAAAGAAUGA